AUGCGCUCUGUCCUAAACUUUCAUCCCCGGAGGCCAAAACACCUCAUCUCCUUCGCUUCUCAAACCGUUCGUGCGUUUUCCCACACCCACCCACUCCAUGCCGAUUUCACCCACGUGGUAAUAGGUGGCGGCGUGGUUGGCCUUGCCAUCGCUCAAAACCUCGCCCGGAGGUCGGCCACGGGAUCCAGUCCCAACAGCAGCACCCUUCUCCUUGAGCGCCACGACGCCGUCGGCACAGAGACCUCCUCCCGCAACAGCGAAGUCAUUCACGCCGGUAUCUACUACGGCGCCAACUCCCUCAAAACCACACUCUGCCUGCAAGGCAAGGCCCUCCUAUACAACUUUUGCGCCCAGCACGCCGUGCCUCACCGUCGCACCGGCAAAUGGAUAGUGGCCCAGACUCCCGGCCAGCGCGCCGCGCUGCAGCAAGUUCACGACUUUUGCGUUCGCGACAUCCACGUCCCCGUGCGCUGGGUUAGCGCCGACGAGGCUUCCAAGCGGGAACCCGCGGUGCGCGCCGGUGCAGGCAUCCUGGAGAGCCCAACCACUGGAAUCGUGGAUAGCCACGCGCUGAUGCUAGCUCUACUCGGCCAGUUCGAGGACGCGGGCGGGACGCUGGCGCUGGGCAGCGCCGUCGAAGCCAUCACCCCCCUGGGCCAUGGGAGUAACAACACCACCGACGGCAGCGAGGGUUGGGAGCUGACGGUCCGUGACGCCGCCACGGGUGAAACCUCCACCAUCACCGCCGAGACCAUCAUCAACUCGGCCGGCCUCGGCGCCGUCGCGGUCCACAACAUGAUCGUCCCGGCUUCGGAACACAAGCAAAUGUACUACGCCAAGGGCAACUACUUCUCUUACUCAGCCUCCGCCCCAAAAGUCAACACCCUCAUCUACCCGGCCCCGGAACCCGGCCACGGUGGCCUCGGGACCCAUCUUACCCUCGAUCUGGGCGGGCGCAUCAAAUUCGGCCCAGACGUCGAGUGGGUCGAUUCGGCCGACGAUCUCGUAGUAAACGUGUCACGACUAGCUCAGACAGCGGCAGAAGUGAAAAAGUACUUGCCCGGGCUGGACGAGACCCAGCUCCAGCCCGACUAUGCUGGGAUCCGGCCGAAACUGGGGAAACAGGGUGCUGUGGCGGUGGGGAAGGGGUUUGUAGACUUUGCGAUCCGGAAGGAGGAGGGGUAUCGGGGGUGGGUGAAUUUGUUGAACAUUGAGAGCCCUGGGCUUACGAGCAGUCUCGCGAUCGCCGAGAAAGUGAGCAGGUUGUUAUACUCCUAG